CACCUCCAGGCCACGCCCCUCUCGUGCGUCUUACACAAACAGCAGCAGCUCGAGAGAGUAAAUAGAGAAAAGAUGGCGGAGUUCAUUCAGCUCAACAAACCCACCGAACCGAAACCAGCGCCUCAGAACCGGGAGCACCACCAUCAUCCUCCGCCGGCCAAGAAGAUCCGACAUGAGGAGAAAAUAUUUAAAAUCAAGAAGAUGAACGGAGACACGGAGCAGCAGAAUUACAGCAGCAAACCGAAAAACAAGAAAACCAAAACAGAGAAAGAGAGAGAGAAAGGCAAAGAGAAAGAGAGGAAGAAACACAAACUGGCAGCUGAAAAUCACCUCAGUGUGAAGAAGGAGAACGGAGAGCUUAAGCUAUCGCAGAAAGAUCACACUGUCAAAGACCGAGAGAAACAGAGAGACCGAGACGGUGAGAAGAAGAGAGAGAGAGAGAAGGAGCAGGAGAAAGAGAUGAAGGAGAAAAGAAAACACAAACUGAUGAUGGAGAUGAAGAGAGAGAAUGGAGAUGUGAAGAUCUUGCAGAAAGGUGACCGAGAGAAACCGAAGAUAGACUCCGCUGAGGAUUUGCUGAUGAAAAAGAUCAAGAAGAAAAAGAAGAAACACAAAGAAGGUGAAAAGCGAAAGCGGCCUAAGAUGUACAGCAAAUCUAUUCAGACGGUGUGUUCUGAUCUCCCCAAAUCUGGCUCAGAAUUCAAGCCGCCGGCUCCAGUCCAGCAGGGCGGCGCUGUGAGCUCCAUCAGCCUGAAGCAGGAGCACAGCAGUGGUCAGAGUGUGAGCGCAGCAGAUGGAGACGGUGAGGUCCGAGCCACUAAACCGCCCGGGCUGGACCGGCUGGAGUUCGGCUGUCUGGUUCAUGUGGAGCACCAGCCAAACGGAGGCGCUCUGGUGGCUCACGCCUACAGCAAGGAGCUGUCUGUGCUGUCUCUCGUGGAGAUGCAGAGGUUCGCGCAGGAGUUUGUGAUGCUGGCGUUUAGCGAGGACCAGGAUGGAGCCGCUAACUAUGUGAUGGGUAUAAUCCACGGCGCCGCCUCCUACCUCCCAGACUUCCUGGAGUACUUCUCUACUAAGUUCCCCAACUCGCCCGUCAAAAUGGAGAUCCUGGGGAAGAAGGACAUCGAGACGACUACGAUGGCAAACUUCCACGCUCAGGUGCGGAGGAGUUACUCUCACGGGACGUACCGCGCCGGCGCGAUGAGGCAGAUCAGUCUGGUGGGUGCCGUGGACGAGGAGGUGGGAGAUUAUUUCCCAGAGUUCCUCAACAUGCUGGAGAAGUCGCCCUUCCUGGAGCGGACGCUGCCAUGGGGGACGUUCUCCACUCUGAAGCUGAAGAGCCCGACAGAGAGUGACGAUGGGCCCAUCAUGUGGGUUCGGCCCGGAGAGCAGAUGAUCCCGGUCACAGACAUGCCGAAGUCUCCCUUCAAACGGAAACGGUCGACUAAUGAAAUAAAGAAUCUUCAGUAUCUGCCGCGAGCCAGUGAGCCGCGAGAGAUGCUGUUUGAGGACCGGACCAGAGCUCAUGCUGACCACAUCGGUCAAGGGUUCGAACGCCAGACCACUGCUGCUGUGGGGGUGCUGAAAGCUGUCCGCUGCGGGGAAGGUGCUGAUCCUCCACGCAUAACCAAAGACGUGAUCUGUUUCCAUGCGGCUGAUUUCCCUGACGUGGUGCAGCGGCUGCAGUUAGACCUGUAUGAGCCGCCUCUGUCUCAGUGUGUGCAGUGGGUGGAUGAUGCUAAGCUCAAUCAGCUGAGGCGAGAGGGAAUCCGCUACGCUCGUAUCCAGCUCUACGAUAACGACAUCUACUUUAUCCCUCGCAACGUAGUUCACCAGUUCAAGAGCGUGUCGGCUGUGUGCAGCCUCGCCUGGCACGUGCGCUUGAAACAGUACCAUCAGCUGCCCGAGGAAGAGGAGGCUCGUGAGGAAGGAGCGGAGCUGAAGCAGCACAUCAAGCAGGAGUCGACAGGCGAGAACGGCAGAGCUGCGAACACAGACUGCAGACCGGCGCCAGAGUCACCAUGUGUAACACAAAUAAAGAUGGAGCAGGUGGAGCAGCUCGCUGACAGAUCGCCCAAGCCGCCUCCUGGAAGUAACAGCUUGACACCGCCUCUCGUCUCUUCCUCUGACGGCCGACCCAAAGCGCACCACACGGCAGAAUGUCCAAGUGCUCCGUCACACCCACCACGCCACCCCACAGCCGGUCCACACACACCCAAACACACACCAGCACCAACCAAACACACACAUAUGUCACCACCAACUAAACACACACACACCUUCGCAUCCAGAUAUCUCCAUUCUUCCUCUGUCCCCAAACCUAGCCACACGUCCUCAACACCAACUAAACUCAGCCAUUCUGCCAACACAACCAAACCCACACAACACAUUAACACAACCAAACCAACACAACUAGCUAACAUAACCAAACCCACACAACCUACUAAUGCUACCAAACCCACACAACCUAAUAACACAACCAAACCCAUGCAACCUAUUAUCAUAACCAAACCCACACACUCUGUAAACACAGCCAAACAUACACGCUCCACACUAAUAACCAAAACUGGUCCCAAACUGAGCUCUGGACUGUCAAUCAGCUGGAAUGCUCCGCCCCUGGCCCUGCCACAGGCCACGCCCCCUCUGAGGCCGGACCGCCCCCCCAGACUCUCUGCACCCAAAGGCAGUCAGAGCUCACUCACAUGAACCACACAAAGACUUUUUAUACUGAUUUGAACAGAAUGGUUUUCAAACGGCGCUUUAUUCAAUCACUUUAUUUCUACUGUCUACGGUUUUUCUUUCUUUGUAAUCGGUCUGACAAGAGCAGAGAAUCCAUGACAUCUGUAAGACGGGAUCUACAUCUGUCUGUCUUCUGUUACUGGUUGUCAACAUGGCAAAUGUAGCUCGUAACUCGCUCCUCAGAGCCUGUCCGUAACUGUGAAAUAUCCAAGCACUUCGGCUCGGCUGCACUGAGAAAAUACUUCAAAUCCAAACAAGUCCUCAAAUAAUAUAUUUUCAGUUGUAGGCUUUAGUUGUAUUAGAGCUGAUAUAGACAUAUAUAUUUUUUGUAAGAUGACACCGAAUUCUUUUAAAAGACUACAGGCUUUUCCAUAGAGCUUAUUUAUAUCAAGGGUUUCUUUGGUUCUGUUUUAAUUCGUCAGCACUGUAGUGUACAUAACGAUUUUUCUAAAGGAAAUGUGUAGUGUGAUUUAUACUGAAAUCAGAACCUCCUAAUAAAAGGUUCCAUUUGUUGGA